AUGUCUGCACUCACAGACCUUUUUGGGAAGCUCGAGGUGUACUCGAAGACGGACUCGCACAGACAAGUGUAUGACACAGCGAAGCUGAUCCUGCAGAAAGACAAGACCAACGUGUCUGCGUUGAAGCGCAGCUUGGUGGCGUUGAUCAACAUGGACAACUACACAGACGCGAAGAAGCUGCUGCAGCAACACAAGGCGCUUGUGGAGGCGAACAGAGGGGCGUUGGUGCUCGAACUGGCGUACGUGCACUACAAGGUGGGCUCGAGGGAGGAGGAACUUGUGCAGCUAGGCGAGUUCACGACGCCGUCCACGGUGAGGGCGUUCAAGCACAUUCUGGCGCAGUACUACUACCGCACCGGGGACGACGUCAAGGCGUUGGAGUUGUACCAGCUCCUGAUCCGGGAGGGCGGGUCGGACUCUCUGGAGAGUCUCGAUCUGACCGUGAACGAACGUGCAGUGAUAUCACAGCUGAAGUUCCGGAACACGUUCCCCUACACCUUCGGGGGCCACACAGAGCCUGUUUCUGCUCCCCACGCGGACUCGUACGACGAGCUGUUCAACGAGUCGUUGAUCCUCGUCAUCGACGGGAAGUACCAGGACGCGCAGGCCUCUCUCAACAGAACAUACGAUCUGGCCGAGCGCUCGCUUGCCGACUACGAGCCGCAGGAGAAGUUCAAUGAGCUUGCGCCAAUCAAGUUGCAGAAGGCGUAUUUGCACAUCUUGAUGGGCAAGUACGGAGAAGCAAACGCUCUGCUCGAUGAAUUGAAUGGAGAGCUGGAAUCCGUCGACUCUGCCGGCGACGUCAACGCCAGGAUCUUGAAACUCAUAGUGCAGAACAACAAGCUGGUGUGCGUCCAGAACCUGGGAUCUUUGGAUGGCGUGGAACCAGCUUUGCUGUAUAGAGAGAUGGACCUGCAGGACGCAAUUUCUCUCUCAAAACCAAGAUUGACCUUGCCUCAGCUGGCCAUCAUCGAAAGAAACCAUUUGCUUCUUUCCUUCUUGUCUGGUAAACAAUCCAAGAAAUCCAUUAAGCACUACAGUGAGGAUUUCCCAUCCUCGUUGCUAGCGGAAGCCUUGAGCUCGGGUAUCACAAAGGAGGACCUCAAGAGCUCGAACAAAAAGCUGUUUUACAGCCUUUCAACCAAAAACCCAUCCAAUCUGUCAUUGGCUUUGUUGUCUACUCAGGUUGCAAUCAACUCGAGCAACUAUCAGAGGGCUAUAGCGCUUAUUGAAAACGUUGUGAAUCAUGAUGAAAAGUCAUUACUCUUACCUUCUGUUGGAAAGUUAUUGUACUCCUUGUACGAGUUACUAGAUUGUAAGAAAUUGAUUCACCAGCUUUUCCUCAAGAUCCAAAAAUUGUUUAUGCAAAAGCAAAAUGAAACGUUCAGUAAUGAAGACAUCAAGUAUGCCAAAUUUGUAUCAUUGAAAUUGCUUGCCACAGAUGAAUCCAUCGCAAAGGAGUUGUUGGAGAAAAUAGACGAAUUGGAUAUUUUAAGUGCCAAAUACUCCAGUGCAGAUAUCCAAAGCUUGGUGGCAGGUGUUGAUAUCGAUGUGAUUGUCUCCGAGGGCAUCACCCCUUUGAUCACAUCUUCAAUCUCAUCGUCAACUCAAAGCAACAGCUCCAAACUAAACAAGGUCAGCAAGCCUAAGAGAAAGAGAUCAACGCCAAAGAAGCUCGCCAAGGAUACAGCACAACAAAUCGAUCCGGAAAGAUGGUUACCAAUGAAAGACCGUACCUACUUCAAGAUGAAAAAGAGCAAGAAGUUGAAGAAUACACAAGGUGGUAUCAUAGACGCAGCUACCGAAAAGGCCUUGAACAUCGGUGGCUCACCUUCCACUGUUGCCGCCGAAACGAAAACCAGCACCACUUCGGGCAAACCUUCUUCUUCCAAGAAAAGCAAGAAGAAGAAAGGCAAGAAAUAA